AUUUAGUAGUUCUCGAAAAGGCCGAGACCGGGGGGGAAAAUGGCAGCUUACAGACGUGUUACUGAGAUCUUGGUCUGUUUGCUGUGCUUUUUCAAUCAAACCACGAUAUCUGGCAAAAGUUACACAAAGGACGAAAUAAACAAAUACAGAGAAAGAGUCCUGCAGAUGUUCCAUCAUGCUUAUGACGGCUAUGUGAACUAUGCCUAUCCUUACGAUGAACUCCGACCUUUGACCUGUGAUGGAUUUGACACAUGGGGCAGUUACUCUUUGACGCUGAUUGACGCUCUGGAUACACUGGCGAUCAUGGGGAACUACUCGGAGUUCAGACGAGUAGCUCACCUCGUGUCACAGAAGAUGGACUUUGACGUUGAUAUUAAUGUCUCAGUGUUUGAAACAAAUAUCCGAAUACUGGGAGGUCUCCUGUCAGCCCAUCUGUUGUCACACAAAGCGGGGCUUGGUGUAGAGCCAGGCUGGCCAUGCUCUGGUCCACUUCUGUCCAUGGCGGAGGAUGUCGCUCGGAGGCUUCUCCCAGCAUUUGACACGAUGACAGGGAUGCCGUAUGGGACAGUCAACCUACGACAUGGUGUACCCAAGGGGGAAACCCCCGUCACUUGUACAGCAGGGGUGGGCACCUUCAUCGUGGAGUUUGGAACCCUCAGUAGGCUUACGGGGGACCCUGUGUUUGAGAAAGUUGCAGUGAGGGCUCUCAGAGCACUGUGGAACUACAGGUCACAACUUGGCAUGGUUGGUAACCAUGUGGAUGUAAACACAGGGAAGUGGACGGCACUGGACUCUGGUAUCGGGGGAGGCAUAGACUCUUACUUCGAGUACCUGGUCAAGGGAGGGAUCAUGUUUGAGAUUCCAGAACUCCUGCAGAUGUUUCAUGAAUACGAAAAGCCAAUCAAUAACUUCAUGAAAAGAGAUGACUGGUAUCUAUGGGCCCACAUGAACAAAGGGGGGAUAACUCUGCCAAUGUUCACCUCUUUAGAUGCAUACUGGCCAGGAAUACAGAGCAUGCUGGGGAACAUUGAUGGGGCCAUGAAGACUAUGCAUAACUUCCACCAAGUCUGGAAGCAGUAUGGCUUCACACCCGAAUACUACAAUAUCCCGAAAAAUGAGGUUCAUAAUGGAAGAGAAGGCUACCCUCUUAGGCCAGAGUUGAUAGAGAGUGCUAUGUACCUGUAUAGAGCCACCAAAGAUCCUUACCUGCUGGAAAUUGGAAUAGAUAUACUGGAAUCAAUAGAACACAGCACCAAGACCAAGUGUGGUUACGCCACGGUGAAAAAUGUAGCAACACAUGAACUUGAAAACAGAAUGGAGAGUUUUUUCCUGGCAGAAACAACAAAAUAUCUCUACCUGCUUUUUGACACAGAAAAUUUCAUCCACAGCAAUGGUAGUUCAGGCACUGUCAUUCAGACCCCUAAUGGGGAGUGUGUGAUUGAUGCUGGUGGGUACUUCUUCAACACGGAGGCUCACCCUAUAGACGUCGCCAGUGUAUACUGCUGUAGCGCUCAGAAAAAGGAAGAUGACAAAGUCAUACAAGGCAUGCAUGACCAACUUGACCUAUUGUCAAUGUUUGGCAUCGUGGAGCCAUCCGACACUGUCAGAGGUACGAAGUGGAAAAAACUUCGCAAAGAUAUAGAACAACAGCAACAACAGGAAGCUAUUCUCCAAAAACUGGAGCAGAGCAAGCUAGCGUCUCUUAAACGGGAAAUUGUGGAAAUUAAAGCAGAGACUAAAGAAACAGUUAAAGUCAUCAUAGGUGAUAAACAAUCUGAAGGAGAAGAAAAUAAUCAAGAUGUUAAAAAAGUCAAAAUUAAUAUUUCAAAACCUGCAGACUUAGGACAGAUGAAUGGCGAAAAUCAAAAUUUAACAGCAGCACUAGAUUCUUUGACUGAUAUACUACAAGAUAAAGAUAGUGACGAUAAAAAAGAUCAGGAUAAAGAAAGUGAAGACUCUCAAAGUACUGAAUCUGAAAAGGAGAAGAAUCUCACUCCCACAGACUCUGACUCUAACAGUGUGGACAAGGAUAAAUUAGAAUCAGUAGAUAAUAUUGAUAAAACAGAUGCAGCUUCCCAACCUACAGAACCUGAAAAGCAGAAAUUCAGUGACACUUCUCAACCAAAGGCCCCUACAAAGUCAUUUGCAGAUCAUGUGAAAGAAAAGUCUGCAAAAACAAGUUCUUUGAACUCCGCAACAGCCAAUUUAGAUAAAUUAUUUACUUUUAUUUUAAAUAAAUUCAGUAAUAAAGAGCCUGCAGAAAAGGUGCCCAAUAUAUAUACACUGUACAAACUUAUGCAGUACUACCCCCUCGGGUACAAAACUAACCCGACCAUGAUGGUUUGUCCAGCUCAACCCUUCCACAUGAGGAUGUCUGUUAUGGGAGAAAUGUUUAAUGAUGUAGGGAAUUAAAAUUGUGAAAUCCGAA